GGCUGCUAACUUCUUUCUCCCCUCUCCCAGGGUGGAAGUAACACGGGGUGGAGGGGCGGGCCCGAGAGGCCUCACAGGAUUACCAGCAUCGUUAAAGGCCUCACUGCAACUCCCAUCACCUCUGCAAUCUUGUGAUCUGUUCUCAAUACACAACCAGAGCUGCCAGGAAGGGACAUGUCUGCGUCCCCCUGGGGGCACUUUGAAAUUCUGCUCACUGUUCCUCAACUUGGAGGAGAGAGAAUCUUGUAUGCUUCUCAGGCCUAACACACACACACACACACACACAAUAUAUGAGGGCACCAGAAUCCGGUCCCAGGUAGAUUACUGUCUUUCAUCAGUAUCUACAAAAUGAUUUACAACACAUCAUUAAGUUUUCAUUCUAACCCCUCAAUGUUUUGUUCAAUAGAUAACAACAGACAGGCCAAACAGACAGUAAAUCAAGAAUAGACACACGCAUGGAUUGUAUGUAUUUAUCUCUCCAUGGCACUUUUAUGGAGUUCUCUUUUCAUGUUUUUUAAAGAUAGGCUUAGAAUAAAAUCCAAACACCAUGGCUAUUUUUUGUAUCUCUGCAUACCGAUAAUAAGGCAAUUGAACUAGAUCAUGUUCUCACCUGGGCCUCAUUCUCCUCAAUCUACACUCCCCUCAGCUGUUCAAACCCCACCCUUUCUGUGAUGACCAAUCGAGUUUGCCCGGAUAGAGACCCAUCUGAGAACAUCUGAAAGCAGCACUUCGUCUCAAGACUGGGUUGGUGUUGAUAACGGGAAGACAAAGUAACAAGCAGCACGUUUCUGACCAAGUUGAAUGUGAGCAUGCCCCCUCCAGCAGCUGGCUCCUACCAGCAGGACUGCAUUAGGAUGACCCUGGAGAACGCUGAUCUCUGGAAGUCCUUUCAUACUAUUGGAACAGAGAUGAUCAUUACAAAGCAUGGAAGGAGAAUGUUUCCCCACCUCAGCGUCAGUCUUUCUGGGCUCCAACCUUUUGCUAGCUACGUGAUCAUGGUGGAAGUGGUCCCUGCAGACAGCUUCAAAUACAAGUGGAAAAAGGAGCAGUGGGAGGCCGCGGGGAAGGCGGAGCCCCAGCCCCCGUGUCGGACCUACAUGCACCCAGACUCCCCCGCCCUCGGGUGUCACUGGAUGAAGCAGCCGUUGUCUUUUCUCAGGAUGAAGCUCACCAACAACACGUUGGACCAACACGGCCAUAUCAUCCUACACUCCAUGCAUCGCUACUACCCCAGGUUUUACGUCACCCAGGCCGAUAGUCCGUACACUAUCUGCUGGGCCCCGUUUCAGACCUUCUCCUUCCCAGAGACAACCUUCACCGCAGUGACGGCCUACCAAAAUCAAAGGAUCACCAAAUUGAAGAUUGACCACAAUCCCUUCGCUAAGGGCUUCCGGGUGGGAGGCACACAUUCCCAAAGCAAAAGGUGUCGUUCAAAUAGAAGCCCUUUGCCGAAAAAAGACGCACCCGACAGGGAAACCCUUUGCUAUAGUCCUCCUGGCCUACAGAGGAAGCCCUUGACCUCUCAGUCGGUGCAGACAGAGCGGGAUCCGGCCCCCACACAGCGGUCACUGAAGGGGGAGGAACUUUGCGCCGUGGCUGUGGAGCAGUACCCGUCUGAGAGUCUACUCGCUGAGCCCCUGGAGCUGCAAGAGUACGAUUACAGCUGUGAAGAACAGAUGGUGCCUGCAUCCGUGCCGUACCAGUCUUACAGAAAUCUCUCACUUUCCUCCAAUCAUGUGGAAGCAGCGCACACCACAACCCACCCUCCAUCUCGUUCCGAACACGACAACCAGCAGCACGGCUACUACCAGCAUCCACAGCACCACGCCCAGGCGGCGGAUUGGAGCCAGUACCCACUGUUCUCCUACUCCUGUUGGUGAACAUCGCAACUUUGACAUCACUGAUGGAGGAUGAAGU